CGGAACCGUGCCUUUAGCACGUCACUACUUCUCUGUCGCUGCCUGAUGCUAUUGGCCGAGUGGAGGGGAGAACCACAGCAGCGCUUGGCGAAGGCGAGUAGCACAGCAACAGAAGCCAACUAGCGCAGAAAAGAGUCGGCGAAGGGUUGACUGAAUGAAAAAUCAACUGGCUAGCUACAUCGAGUGUAGUUUUAGGAAAGUGUCACCCUCCCCCUAAAUAUUUAUUAUAUUUUAUAAGCAACAAACAUUACAGUUUGAUAGUAGUUCAUAUUCGUGUUUACUGUAUAGCCACGAGAGGUUAGUACAAUCCUAAAAGAGCGAGGAUGUUGGUCCCAGCGGGAAGAUAAUGAAGCGGUUGCGCGUUUUGUUGGCGUGCCUCAUCCUCUGGUGGUACCCCAGUCAUAAUGUGUGUUGUUCAGAGCACAGCUCGUCAGCUCCAGGUGUGUCUAGUGGUGAAAGCAGCCUCCCAGAGCAUCAUCAUGAGCAGCACCACAGGACUGACCACAAGGAGGAGUCGUCGUCGAGGACACACACACACACCUACGACGUGGAACUGGAGACAAAGAGGGCUACACUAGAGGAGCCCAACACACCCAACACUGAACAGGUGUGUGUUUUCCAGACUGUGAAUCAGAAGGAGCCUGUGGUGGUCUGGCCUGCCCCAGAACCACACCUGGAUCCUGAACCCCCUGCUGCUGCUGCUGAGCCUCACUCACACAACACACACAUCCACACAGACCCAGAGCCCGAUACACAACCCACUCCCCUCCAGAACCAGGCUCCCUCAUCCCCCUCCAUCCCACCGCUCAGCGACGACCCAGCCCAGGGACCGGCCUCCACAGACCACACAGGCCCAGUCGAGACCCCCAGUGAUGCACCGGCAGAACCCAGCCCAGCCCCCUCUACAGAAGACCCCCAACACACACCUACCUCAACCUCUUACAUCCCUGCUCCAGCCCCAUCCAGGGGCUCUUCCAUAAAUGGCAUGUCCUUUCUUUCCCUCAGUUCAAUAGAGGUUGCCAGAUCUCAUCCCGCGGUAGAGGAUUCCCCUGUAGAAGUUGCCAGUGCUGAAGCCGAUCCCUCUUUAGAGGUUGCCAGUGCUGGAUCUAAUUCCUCUCUAGAGGGCAAUGUUUUCUCUGAUUUCUCUGGCUCUCAGUGUGGGAUGAUUCCCCACAACCUGGCAACCCAAACCCCUCCUUUUGGCAGCCCGCCCACGAGUGGUGAUGAUGACUCUGUAGAGAGCCAGUCAGAACAGGGUCACAGUCAGGACGCUCCAGGUUCUGAUGCUGAUGUCCAGGUGUCUCUCAGCCCAGAAGACCCAGACCAGGGCCUACCAGAGCUGGACCAGGGGGGAAACACAUCCUACAGGCACCAAGACACAGAACAAGACCAGCAGGCAGUGGAUGAGGUAGUGGAUGCCAGUGGUAAGGAGACUGACCCCUCAGUGCCCAGUAAGGAAGACAUCCCAACAUUCGACGAGUGGAAGAAACAAGUCAUGGAAGUAGAGAAGGAGAAGACUCUCUCCCUCCAUACCUCCUCCAGUGGCAUCCCCCCUGUGAAGAAGGUGCAGAAGAACUUCAAAAACAACUAUGCUUCUGUGGAGUGUGGCGCUAAGAUGCUGUCAGCUAAUACAGAGGCUAAGAGUACCUCAGCUAUCCUCAUGGAGAAUAUGGACCUGUACAUGCUGAACCCCUGCAGCAACAAGAUUUGGUUUGUAAUAGAGCUGUGUGAGCCCAUCCAGGUGAAACAGUUGGACAUCGCUAACUUUGAACUCUUCUCCUCCACACCAAAAGACUUCCUGGUCUCCAUCAGUGACAGGUACCCCACCAACAAGUGGGUGAAGUUGGGAACGUUCCACGCCCGUGAUGAGCGCACAGUCCAGAGCUUCCCAUUGGACGAACAGCUCUAUGCCAAAUAUGUCAAGAUGUUCAUCAAGUACAUAAAGGUGGAGCUCAUCUCCCACUUCGGAUCAGAACACUUCUGCCCCCUCAGCCUCAUCAGGGUGUUUGGUACCAGUAUGGUGGAGGAAUACGAAGAGAUCGCAGAUUCCCAGUACCCCUCAGAGAGGCUGGAAUACCUUGAUGAGGAUUAUGACUACCCACCUGGCUACCUCCACUCUGAGGACAAGGGUUCUAAAAAUCUGCUGGGCUCUGCCACAAAUGCCAUUCUCAACAUGGUCAACAACAUAGCAGCCAACGUUCUGGGAGGCAAGCCUGAGGAUGGAGGAGCACAGCUGGAACCCAACGCAUCAUCAGAAGCCCAGAACCAAACCGAGGGGAAUAACGAGGUGCUGCUCACACCAACCCCUACCAUCACCACACCUCCUCCAGCAGUGGAGCCAGACCACCCCGCUCCUCAGGAGGACCCCGAUGUCGCCCUCUCCUCCCCGGACUCCCCCGUACCCUCCCCGGAGGAUGGACAGAUCGUGACUCUGGUGGUGGAGGAAGAGGAGCCCCCACAGUCCACUGUGACUCUUAUGGAGGAAGAGGGGGAUGAUGAUGAGGAGAGAGAGGAACAGUGGAGGAGGGAGAGCCAGCUGUACUGUCCUCUCUCCUCCGUGUCUUCCCUCUCUUCUGUCUCGUGUGUUGCCACACUGCCGGAGCUGCUACGGCGCUGGUGUGACGCUUGCCUCGCCAGAGAGAGACAGCAAGACACGUACACGCACACCCCCAUAGACACUCCCUUACCCACACACACCACCAUACAGGACCCUGUCCCCGCCGCCACACACACCCAGGAAGCCCCAACACACACAGAGCCGGUCCCUGAUCCUGAGAUGGCCCCCCGGGCCCAAAACAAGGUUUUAUCUCCUACAGAUUCACACAAUCACACAGACACACACCCCGUAGACCACAUCAUUGUUCUGGAGCCUAGCCGGACCUCUACCCUGCCCCCCCACAGCUUCUCUCACACCCCCCUCUCCAAACCCACCCCUACCCAGGACGAAGCUCCCCGGCCCCUCAGCCAAGAUGACCCCGUCCCCCCUCCAGCCCUGCAGGGGGUCCCUGUCCCAGAGGCCCAGGAGGCCAGCACCCCCAACCCUUCCCCCAGUCCCACUACCCCCCUCCACCCUCCAACUUCUGAGACAGCUUAUCUGGACCUCCCUCCACUCUCCCUGAAGGAGCAGCCAGUCCAGCCUCUCCCCACUGCCUCCAGACCUGCAGACAUCCCCCCUCCCACCGAACUCCCUGUGCCCCUCCAGCCCGACACACACGCAGAGCCACACACACCCAGGGCUGGGGUAGAAAGUGGAGACCUCAAGGGCCAAGGGGAGCAGGGUGGCGACUCCUCUCCCCAGCCAGCAGAGCACCCACUUAGGGAAGAGUCCACGGAGGACCUGCUACUUAGCGUCCCGGUUAUUGCUAACGGACAUUUACACCGGACAGCUACGGACUUCUACGCUGAGCUGCAGAGCACAGGGGAGUACAUUGGAGGGAAUGGAGGCAUGAACGGAGGACUGAACGUGCACGGGUCCAGUCAGAAGGAGAGUGUGUUCAUGAGGUUGAACAACAGGAUCAAAGCAUUGGAGAUGAACAUGUCCCUCAGCAGCAGAUAUCUGGAGGAACUCAGCCAGAGGUAUCGUAAGCAGAUGGAGGAGAUGCAGAGGGCCUUCAACAAGACCAUCAUCAAGCUACAGAACACCUCCCGCAUCGCUGGAGAACAGGACCAGAAACAGACCGAGUCAAUUCAGAUGUUACAGGGCCAGCUGGAGAACGUCACCAAGCUGAUGAUCAACCUCACCAUGACUGUCUCACAGUUACAGAAAGAGGUGUCAGACCGACAGAGUUACCUGGUGGUGUCUCUAGUCCUGUGUCUCUGUCUGGGCCUGGUGUUCUGCCUGCACUGCUGCCGGAGCACCAACACACAAACCACCACACACACCGCAGUCAACCACUACCCCAGCCCCAAGAGGUGUUUCUCCUCCUAUGAGGAUAUGAGUCUGAAGCGGAGGAUAUCGUGUCCUCUCGUACGCUCCAAGUCCUUCACCUUUCCUACUUCAGAAGUAGGCCCCGACGACCUAUACAUUGUUGAACCUUUAAGGUUCUCACCAGAGAAAAAGAAGAAACGAUGUAAACUGAAGGCAGCAUUAUCAGCUCCCUCUUCCCCAGGGGCUGACGGGGCACUCGAAUGCAACGGCCUCCCCCACUCUGUGACUCCCCCACCCCCACCACCACCUCCAAUUUUAGAAGACAUCUCCUGUAAGGAGCUCCACGUCCCCUCAGAGAGCAGCAGCGGCAGCUCUUCCACCCACUCUGAGGAGUCCUACAUCAGCCGUGGCCCGCCACUCUCCUCCCCCCCGUGCAUGUUUAACGGCCAUGCUGCCCUCCCUGUCCCGCUCUGCCUCCCCUCCCUCCUUCCCUCUAAGAAGAGGUCAGCGAAGCGUCAGAGGUCUCGUCAAGUGGAGCUGCAGUUAUCCUCCAGACAGACAGGGGGGGCUAUGAACUCUCUGCCCAGCCUGCAGCAGCUGAUCAAGGGAAACAAGAAGAUCAGCGUGGGGACUAUUGGCCCUACGACCGUCACAGGACAUGUCUAAUCACAAACGCACACUUCAGACUGACUCAGACACACACACGCACCCUGGUAGCAGACUUGGUUAGGGAGGUGUGAAGGGGUGUGGUCUCGCCCCAAAAUGGCCACAUCUCUGAACCACUUCUCCCAUGAGCACCCUGGCCUACAGUGGAACUCGGAAACCAUGGCAUUAGUUGCCCAUCAACAGCCACCCUCCCCACCAAUCAGAGACCAUUUAAUGGUCAUGUGCCUUUACUGUCCAUUCGAAAGCUUUCACCAAUGGAAAAAAAUAAUAAAUUCAAAGUAUUGUUCUUUUUCUUUUCGGAGAGCAAAACUGUAAUGCUUUGGAGUGUUAUAAGAAAACAGACAUUCAAACAUGUGACCUGUUUCUACUGGACAAGCCCAUUGCUCCAUAAGACCUAGGCGUCAGGGGCUUGUACUGCAGCCCUGUACCCAGAGAGGAGAAGGGCUGGCUGGGUAGAGCUCCUACCGGAGCCCCCUGCCUCUCCUGGGGCCUGUGAAAGUAGAGUAUGAAGCUGUAAGGAUGAAAUGUGUCGCAAUGAGAGAACUGUGCAGUAGGACUAGUUACUUCUCUAACCCAUCCCUCCCUCCUUUCUCCUGUCCUCCAUUUCCACAUUCUGUUCAUUCUCUGUGUAGUGUUCAGAGCUAGCGAACACUAUUGCAGUUGUUGUUCAUAUGGGACUGGGGUGUUAACCCUUCACACCACAGCAGGCCCUCUGUCUCGCCCUCUCAGGCAGUCUAACCUAACACAACCAGCAGAGCUGAAUGAAGAUACACUGCGUGUGUGUGUGUGUGUGUGUUCAUGUCUCUGUGUCUCUAGCGGCUAGCCAUGUUUAUCCAGCUGUGAUACUAAGGAAGAAGCUCUAACUAUUGAACUAGUUUACAUAGCAGCUUGUCUCUCCAGUAAGACCUCUGAAAGUUGUAUGGGCUGGGCCCAAAAUAUACACACACGCGCGCGCGCACACACUAACAAACACACAGCCAGCUAAGAGAAAAGGGAUAUUGUACUGUUAAAAUACGGAAAAUUAGGAUGAAGUAUAUUCAAUUUUAAA